UUUCUUCAUUACUUACAAUCCUCGAAGCUAAUACUCUUCUGAAAUAGUAUUGUUUUGCCAUAACCCACCAAGCAACUGCUUUUCCAAAUUCUUCAUUUUGGGCUUCCGUUUUAUUCUUCCGGUCACCCUCAUCUCACCGCCGCUGCCACCACCGAUCAUCACGGUGGCGUGUGGUCCCCACAGCUCCACCUGGCCUCAGGUUCCCUAAUUGGGCUUUCAGUUUUUUAUUGUUGAGGAUGGUGCUGGUCUUGGCCCUGGGUGAUUUGCAUGUGCCCCACAGGGCACCUGAUCUGCCUGCGAAGUUCAAAUCCAUGCUUGUCCCUGGCAAGAUCCAGCAUAUUAUUUGCACUGGAAAUUUAUGUAUCAAAGAAGUUCAUGACUACUUGAAGACUCUUUGUCCAGACUUGCAUAUAACUCGUGGUGAGUACGAUGAAGAGACGAGAUAUCCAGAGACUAAAACACUAACCAUUGGUCAAUUUAAGCUUGGACUAUGUCAUGGUCAUCAGGUUAUUCCAUGGGGAGACCUGGACUCACUAGCAAUGCUGCAGAGGCAACUUGAUGUGGACAUCCUUGUGACAGGUCACACCCAUCAGUUUACAGCAUACAAACAUGAGGGUGGUGUGGUUAUAAAUCCAGGUUCUGCAACAGGUGCCUACAGCAGCAUCACUUAUGAUGUGAACCCAAGUUUUGUCCUCAUGGACAUUGAUGGUCUGCGUGUUGUGGUCUAUGUAUAUGAACUUAUUGAUGGAGAGGUUAAGGUUGACAAGAUUGAUUUCAAGAAGACAUCUGCUCAUUAAACACUUGAAUUUUGGUCUUUAGUCCCUUGUAUCUUUCUUCUUUUUUCUUAUUUUGUAGUUUUAAUCUUUUGCUCCUUCGACCUUUCUAUGGAGGUUCUGUUUUUAGUUAUAUUUUAAUUUUAACAGUUUUAUUUUGGGCAUAUCAGAAACUUACAGGAUUCUUUUAAUUUGAUCAAUUUGUCAACUGUGUUAAACAUAUAUGAAUGAAUGAUUAG